CCAACAUCGAAAUUUGGCAAAACAUUUAAUUUCUAUCUAAAAUGGUGACUUAUAUCUCAAACUAUUCUCUUCUCUUUGUAAUGCUGGCUCUGACUAUAACAGGCCUAAUAGAAGUAAAAGGAAACACAUGUUCACAACCAUUGGGUGGAUGUGGUCCUAUGGGACAAUGUGACCAGAGAUGUAAAGCUCUACACAUUGAUGGACAAGGAUCUUGUGACUUAGGCUUGUGCACUUGCUACUACGGUUGUGCAGGGCCUCCACCAAGUCCAACCCCACCUAAAAUAUGCAAUAAUGGUCUUGGGGUUUGCACUCUUCAGUGUGGUGAUGCAUGCUGUAAUGCAAAUUGUGCAAGAAAAUAUAAUCAGGGAACAGGGAUGUGUAGCACCAUUGGUAACAACAACUUAUGUACUUGCCAAUAUAGAUGUGGCUGAAGUUUAUGCCUGAUCAUAUAUCUAGCUAAUUUAUCCCUCACUAUACGUUGGGAUGUGUGUGGGAUAAGUAUGUCAUGAAUCAAUUACAAUAAAUAAUAUACAUGGAUGCCUCUUUCAAUUUCAAA